AUGUUUCCCCGUGACUCCAUCUUGGUGCUCUUCCUCCUCUUGGAGCUUUUCCUUGGUUUCCUGGGGAACUCCUUGCUCUUCUCGUUGUCGGUGCACAGCUGCCUGCACCGGCCAGCCCUGAGGAAACCUCUGGACCUCAUCCUGGCACAUCUGGCACUGACCAAUGCCUUGAGCGCCGUGUGCAGGCUGAUCCUGGACCUCCUGCCCCUCUUGGUGUCUGACCUGGGCUGCAGGGCGCUCCUCUAUGCCUACAGUGUCACCCGUGCCCUGAACAUCUGUACACUGUCGCUUCUCACAGCCUUCCAGGCCACCACCCUCCAUCCCGGCCUCCUCACCUGGGCCUGGCUUCAAUGCAAGGCUCCCUCCUUCAUCUUUCCCACUUGCCUCUCCUUCUGGAUCUUCAACUUGCUCCUCUAUCUCCCUGUCCUCAACCGUGGACCCAGGCCAGGCAAUUAUUCGGGCCCUGCAGCUUCUUUCCUUUGGGCACCCUCUGAAAGCGGCCAGCUGCAUUACCGCACCUUCACGACACUCUUCCUCUACAUGGUGACAUUCCUCUACAUGCAUCGCCACACAGCUGGGCGCCUGCGCAGCCCCACCCAGGUUUCCCCGUUGCAAUGUGAGAUCAAAACCACCCACAGCAUCCUCACACUGGUAGCCUUCUUUGGGGAUGCAUUUGGCUUGAACAGCUUUGUCACUUUUUACUCUUUUUAUAGACCGCAGGAAAACUCAGGCUUGGAGAAGAUGAGCAGGAUCCUGUCAUCCUGCUAUCCGGCCAUCUGUCCUUUUGUCCUGAUGAGGCACAGGAGAGUGAUUUCCAAAUUCAUCGCUUCGUUUUCAAAGAUGAGAAUUUCCUUGAUGCAUAGUAGAUGCCGCUGCUGA